AACAAACUCAGGAAAAUUUUUCACUCCUCCAAAGAUUGAAAUUUUCCUAACAACAAGAACAAGAAGAGUUUCCUCUUUUGCAAAAAUUCUUUUUCCCAUUUUUCCAAUUCAUACACAUAUAUAUAUACACACGCAUACUCCUCCAUUUUUCCCCGUCUUGUCCAUACAAAAUAGUCUCUCUAGAUCCUAACACCCCCACCCAACACACAAAUUUUCUUUCCCAUUUUUCCCUCCUCUCCAACCACUACUCCAAAAACCAAUUCUUUUUCCCGUCCGGGCUUUUGAAAAGAAAUGGAAGUCGCUCAGGAAUCAUGCAAUGGCAAUGGAUUAGAUUUGUGCAUUGGUGGUGGUCAUGACCCAUUGAACUGGAACAUGGCUGCAGAGUCACUAAAAGGUAGCCAUCUCGAUGAGAUUAAACGGAUGGUCAACGAGUUCAGGAAGCCUGUGGUUCGGUUAGGGGGUGAGACCCUAACCAUAUCACAAGUAGCUGCAAUCGCAACCCAUGACGCCGGUGUUAAAGUGGAACUCUCGGAUACAGCUCGUGCCGGCGUCAAAGCCAGCAGCGAUUGGGUUAUGGAAAGCAUGAACAAAGGAACAGAUAGCUAUGGUGUCACCACUGGUUUUGGUGCAACCUCACACAGGAGAACAAAACAAGGAGGAGCCCUUCAGAAGGAGUUGAUUAGAUUCUUGAAUGCUGGAAUCUUUGGAAAUGGAACUGAAUCUUGCCAUAUAUUAUCACACACAGCAACAAGAGCAGCAAUGUUGGUGAGGAUCAACACCCUCCUUCAAGGUUACUCAGGCAUCAGAUUUGAGAUCUUAGAAGCUCUAACCAAGUUGAUCAACCACAAUAUAACUCCAUGCCUUCCUCUGAGAGGCACCAUUACUGCAUCCGGUGACUUGGUCCCACUUUCCUACAUUGCUGGGCUUCUGAUGGGUAGGCCCAAUUCCAAGGCUGUGGGUCCCAAUGGAGAAUCUGUAACGCCCACUGAAGCCUUUAAGCUAGCAGGGAUCAACAGUGAUUUCUUUGAGUUGCAACCCAAGGAAGGACUUGCUCUAGUGAAUGGCACUGCUGUUGGUUCUGGUUUGGCUUCCAUGGUUCUUUUUGACGCUAACAUUUUAGCAGUACUUUCCGAAAUUCUGUCAGCCAUUUUUGCCGAAGUUAUGCAGGGAAAACCCGAAUUCACAGACCACCUGACACAUAAAUUGAAGCACCAUCCUGGUCAGAUUGAGGCUGCAGCUAUAAUGGAACACAUUUUGGAUGGAAGUAGUUAUGUUAAAGCAGCUCAAAAGCUGCAUGAAACUGAUCCCCUUCAAAAGCCUAAGCAGGACCGAUAUGCUCUUCGAACAUCUCCUCAAUGGUUAGGUCCACAGAUUGAAGUGAUCAGAGCAGCAACCAAGAUGAUUGAGAGAGAAAUAAACUCUGUUAAUGAUAACCCUUUGAUUGAUGUUUCUAGGAACAAGGCUCUACAUGGUGGGAACUUCCAGGGUACCCCAAUUGGUGUUUCGAUGGAUAACACCCGUCUAGCUAUUGCUUCCAUUGGAAAACUCAUGUUUGCUCAAUUCUCUGAGCUUGUCAAUGAUUUCUAUAACAAUGGGUUGCCUUCAAACCUCUCAGGAGGACGUAAUCCGAGCUUGGAUUAUGGUUUCAAAGGUGCAGAAAUCGCCAUGGCAUCAUACUGCUCAGAACUCCAAUUCCUUGCAAAUCCUGUCACCAACCAUGUCCAAAGUGCAGAGCAACAUAACCAAGAUGUCAACUCCUUGGGCUUGAUCUCAGCAAGGAAAACAGCAGAGGCUGUAGAUAUAUUGAAGCUAAUGUCCUCAACAUACCUGAUUGCAUUAUGCCAAGCUGUGGAUCUGAGGCAUUUGGAAGAACAGUUGAAGAACACAGUGAAGAACACAGUGGGUCAAGUAGCCAAGAGAGUACUAACACUUGGUUCCAAUGGUGAGCUUCACCCGUCAAGGUUCUGUGAGAAAGAAUUGCUCAAAGUGGUUGAUCGGGAAUAUGUAUUCGCCUACAUUGAUGAUCCUUGCAGUGCUACUUAUCCAUUGAUGCAGAAACUGAGGCAAGUUAUUGUUGAGCAUGCUUUGAAAAAUGGUGAAAAUGAGAGGAAUGCUAGCACUUCCAUUUUCCAAAAGAUUGCAGCUUUUGAGGAGGAGCUCAAGACCCUUCUACCUAAAGAAGUAGAAAGUGCAAGAGCUGAAUAUGAGAAUGGAAAUCCAGCAAUUCCAAACAAGAUCAAGGAAUGCAGAUCUUAUCCAUUAUACAAAUUUGUGAGAGAAGAAUUGGGUGCUGGUUUGUUGACAGGAGAGAAAGCAAGAUCACCUGGUGAAGAAUGUGACAAGGUUUUCUCCGCAAUUUGCGCAGGAAAGUUGAUUGAUCCAAUGCUAGAAUGCUUGAAGGAAUGGAAUGGUGCUCCUCUACCCAUAAGCUAGAUUAAUUUUCCCGUCAAGUAAGAAAAAAAAUAUUUUUCUUCAUUUUAUUUUUCUUUUUUGGGACAUUGAUGGCAUUUACAGCGUUAUAUAUAUAUGAAUAUAAAAAUCCUGUAACCGAAUUAUGUGAUAUCAAACUGUAAGUUUCUAUGUUUGUUUUUACUUAUAUUUUCAAUUUGUUUCAUCUUCUGUACUUGAAACUUGACUAUAUCAACAAAAUGUGUUAUACA